AGAAGCAGCCGAAAGUUUGUUGUGUUCAGACGCGUUUUCUAAAAAAAAUUAACUCUGUACGAAAGUCAAAUUGAAGACAACUAUGCCGCUUGGCAUAGAUAGAACACACUUUUAUGCUGAAAAGGUUAAGAGACAAGAGAAAGAUUUACGUACCAAAGAUGAAAGAAUUGCUCAACUGGAGACAGAAAAUUCUAUGCUGUAUCUUAAACUUGCUCAAUUACACGGAACAGUGCAAACUGCCAGGCAAGAGAAUGCAUCACUUAAUGGCCAAGUAGAGUCAGAGCAGCAUUUUCGUAGCAAUGUUUCUGAGACAGCAUUCAAAUUACAAAGAGAACUGGAGACCAUCAAAAAUGAUCUCAGAUCAGUCCAAUCCAUUGCCAUAGAUAUUCCAGAGCAGUUUGAAAAGUACACAUCUCAGGCCACCAAAGUUGUCCAACGACACAGACAGGUGUUCCAAUCGCAGAGUUCCAGCAUGACCUCUCUCCAGUCUCAGGUUACCAGCAUGGAGCUAGCUCUACAAGAGAUCACUGAGCGUCAUUCCAAGGAGAAGAAGAGGAGACAGGAACUUCACAAUAUACUUAUGGAGCUGAGAGGAAACAUACGAGUGCACUGUAGGAUCCGCCCACUGAUGGAGUUUGACUGUGGGAAUGAGGACUCCGGCUCCUUAGGAAAGUCAGGGAGUCGCUCUGAAGUGGUGGUUCAUUUUGUGGAUGAUGAGAAUGUAUGUUGUCGUACAGCAAAGCACAACAAAGUAUUUGAAUAUGAAAGGGUGUUUGGUCCAACAGAAUCACAGAAUGGAGUCUUUGAUGAGGUGCAGCCCAUGUUGACCUCCUUGUUGGAUGGGUACAAUAUCUGCAUUAUGGCGUACGGGCAAACAGGAAGUGGGAAGACUCAUACAAUGUUAGGGAGCCAUAAGAAUGAAGACUACAACCCCUCUAGGGAUCCCCACAGAGAUGAAGGGGUCAUACCAAGGGCAGCAAGAGAACUGUUUAGGUUAAUAACGGAGAAGCAGUCUGGCACACACAAAGUAGAGGUCUCUGUUCUCGAGAUUUACAACAAUGACAUUCGAGAUCUUCUGAGCAAUGACCCCAGUAUUAAACAUGACAUCAACACCAGCACGGAUGGCUCUGUCAGUGUUCCUACUCUGUCAUCCAAGCAAGUGGACACUGUUUAUGAUGUCAUGUGUCUCGUCCAGCAUGGCCUGAGAACCAGGAGAGAGUCGGCCACCAUGGUUCAUGAACACUCCAGUCGUUCACACCUGGUGGUGACCCUGACUGUUAUUUCCCAGGCUCCAAGUUUCUUUUCCAGGACUGCCUCUGGAUCAUCUCAAGACUUGCAACGUGAUUUAAGGGGUCGAUCAGUGUCCACAUCAUCAGUUCCUAAUCUUGGCAGCCUUUCCAACACGUGGUCCGGUGCUGAGCAGUCGGCUGCCUCUACACCAGGGAUGGGAGCUGUCAUCCGCACCAAGCUGCAGCUGGUGGACUUGGCUGGAAGUGAAUGUGUGGGUAUGAGCGGGGUGAAGGGAGCCGCUCUCAGAGAAGCCUCCAACAUCAACAAGAGUUUAUCAGCUCUAGCGGACGUGUUAGGAGCCCUGGCAGAACACAGAUCUCACGUACCGUACAGAAAUACCAGGCUCACCCAUCUCCUGCAGGACUCCAUCGGUGGUGAUGCCAAGUUGUUAGUGCUGUUAUGUGUUUCCCCAGCCCAGAGAUACAUCACCGAAUCUCUACAGUGUCUGGGCUUCGGAACCAGAGCCCGCCAAGUCCAGCGUGGCCCAACAAAGCGACGUCUGCCCUCGUCUGCGGAAAAAGUGGACUCCUCAAGUGUGCGAACCAGAUCUGUCUCAACAGUCACGGGACCUAGUUUUAUUCCAAAACCAACUUGAUUUGAUUCACUCUCUACACAAAUUCUGCAGUCGAAAAGUGUCUCUACCAAGCUCCGACAGUUUGUAGAGAACCUAGUGAAUGUGUUCAGUUAUCCAUGUUAUCAAUGUCUGUGAUAUUGUUCAUCUGUGAUAUACACUGUAGUAAAGAUAUGUUGGAUCACUAACAUUUAAUGUGUAAUUACUAGCUGUAUAGUUAACCCAUGGUUUUUGUCCAAAUCAACUGUCGCACGAUCCAUCUAGUACCCAAUUCUGUGCUGUCCACAUAUGUAUAACUUAGUUGAACAUGUGUUCUGAUCUUACACAUGUUCAAGUCUACCUACACUCCAGUAGACAACACACAGGCAGUGCUUGUUUCAAUAUAUCAUGUCAACCUCCUUUACGAAUCGUUUGUUUGUCUACAUCAUGAAUGUCUACAAAGCAUCGAUAUAAAAAGUAUUCUGUAUUUUAAAAUUUUAUUGUUAGUUGUUUUUUUUCCCAAUCCUUUUAUACUACAUGUAUAAUAUAAAGGAAAAAACCUAUAAAUCAUAUUAAACUAUGUUCUUCUACCCAACAUUUGAUGUACAAAAAUUAGAUCAUGUAGUUAGAUAGCAAACAAAAUACACGUAUUUGCUGGUAGUAUAAGGUUAAUGUACACUGUAAUACGCUCAGAAAUUGAACACACGCUUUUAUAGAAUAUCAUGAGAAACGUGAUUCACACACACCAUCCAGAUCUCUGUCAGUGAAAAAUAUUUUGCAUUAGAGCACCUGCUCAUUACAUCAGUACAACAAAGAUUGCUGCAUAUAUAUUGAAUUUAACAUUAUUAUACAAAAUAUGUACGCGAGGUGUCAAAAUAAAUCAGAUCCGUAUUUGAUUAUACGAUAGCUUUUAGACAUUUUUAUUUUUAAUAUCUUUUUACAACUGUUUACAGGUUUUUACAGAAUAUAACCCAUAAAUACCUGUGGCAAACAUUCACGUUAUAAUACGUUAUUACAUGAAUAAUACAAAGCAUUUUAAAAAGAUGUUGAGUAUGUAAUGUCAUUUGUAAAAUGAAAUUAUUAAUUAG